GGAAGGCGCGCUGCGUACUUCUCGUCAGUCCAAACUCCCUUUUCCAUCCCACUCUGCCUGCUCGGUCCAAUCAACACCUUUUUCUACUGUGCGUAGAUUCUUUGCCCCAGUCUCCUCUCCUUCUCCUCCCGAGUAGUACUACUCCUUCCUGUUCUCCUCUUCCUCCCGAGUACUACUUCUCCUUCCUAUACACCUCGCUCCCUCCGCCUCCAUUUUCCAAGUCCAGAACACCAAACGAAAUGGCCGGUGAGAAGAGAAAGAUGGAGAUGCUGGAUGAGAAAUCGAAGAGGGCUUGUCUUCCGUCUGUGGAGGACGAGUCACCUCCGGUCGCCUUUGGCUUCGACCACUCCGACGAGGAGACCGACGACGGCGAAUACCAGGACCUUUCAAUCUGGGGGCAGAGCCAAGACGAUGGCGUCGACGAGCUCUACGUCUGCAGCGAGGAAGAAGACACUGAAGAAGAGAAGCGGCUAGGUGGAGGAAGAUGUGUCCGUCGCAGUGAGCUCUGCCCGCGCGGCAGCCACGGCGACGAGCUGCGCGGGCUCGGUGACGGCGCGCGGGGGCUCGGCCACGGCGGCGUGCAGGAACUCGACUGCGAGCUCUCCGUUCGCAGCGAGGAAGAAGACGAGGCGCGCGGGAUCAGUUAGGGCGGCGCGCGCUGGGUCGGCCACGGCACGAGCACGGGCAGCGCGCACGGGCUUGGCCACGGCUCCCACGGCCUCGGCAGCAAGCUCUCCGUCGGCCGCGAGGAAGAAGGCGACCAGCACAGCGAGGGCCAAGCGUGCGGUCUCGACGACGGCGUGUGCGGGCUCAGCGGGGACAUGCACGGCGUGUGCAAGUUCGACGACGGCGCACGCCACCUCGGCAUGGACAUGCACGCCAAAUGGAUGCACGGGCUAGGCAUGGCAUGGUGCAUGCAAAAAAAAGGAGGUGGAAGGUGAGGGGUGGGCAAGCUAAUAGUGGUGGGGCAAAGCAAAUUCUUUGAAAUUGUUUGCAUGCGGAAGUGACAGGGAGAGCAGGAGGACUGCGUAUGCACAGACCAGAGAGAAAAGGCAGAAUGAGUUGAAGCGGUUUGUGUUUUCGUCGCCAAAAAAAAGAAGGUUGAAGCUGUUUUAUUAGUCGUGACACAUUAGCGUAUCCCAGCAUGGCGGAUCUUGUAGCUGGUGUUUUGAGCAAUGUUGUGUUGCGAGGUUUAGAAUCGGUUGAGCAGGGUAGUUGGCUAUGGUUGCUAGAUGAAGACAGAGCAGUCAUAUCUGGAGGACCGAGGAUAGACAUAGCUAAACAAGAACUGCAAGAAUUAGAGGAUGACAUCAACUCUGCUUCGUUCCUCUUGGCUGCCGGUUUCGGCAAGCCCCAGCCAAUCGACGGCUGGAUCAGUGAGGCCAGAAAGGUUGCCUUUUGCUUGGCAGAUCAGAUCGACAUGUACGCAAUACAGGGCUCCACCCGAUCUGAGCUAUAUCAAAUGAAGCGUGAUAUCGGGAUGCUGCGUAUCGCAGAACUCACUACUAGGAUCCGAGAUUACAAAGUAGAGGGUGAGGGAACAGGCCAGAUGCCACGUGCGGUGCGAGGAAAUCGUGAAGAACAAGUGCCGCAGCUUUCUGAACUGUCGCCUUUCAUACGGCGUGCUCUUCCUGAGUUACUCCCGGCAGAAGAACUAUUAACAAUAACUCUAAUGGAUAGCAAGAUCAAGAGGGUGGAAGCAUUUCUUGCAGAUGCACGUUCAGUGCUAUUUAUUACAGGAGGGCAGGGCUCGGGAAAGACCACCCUGAUGAAUUACGUGUACGCCUCACAAAAGGAAAAAACUAAGGCAGUGCAUGGAAAAGCCCUUUGGAAUGAUUUCAAUCAAUGUUGCUGGGUCGAUGUAGCAAAAACUGGAGGUCUGGUUGAUCUUCUGAAAAAGGUACUCAAGGAAUCAAAUGUAGGUUGUGAUUCCAUUCAUGAGUUCGAGAUGAUAAAGACAGUCCACGACAACUUCAAGGACAAAAAUUACUUGAUAGUGCUGGAUAAUGUUCAAGAUACAUCAGUCUUGUAUAGUCUGAAGAACAUGCUAAAUGAAUUGAAGGGGAAGAUCAUCUGUCUGACCAGAAGAAAAGAUAUACAAGAAGAUAAGAACCAAGAUGUGCUUCAUAUUACCAAACUUGAACCGUAUGAAUCAUUCAAGUUAUUCUUGAGUGUAGUUUUUCACAUGUCUGUUAAUAAUGAUAAGGAAGACUUCAAUAGUGUACUUGCUAAUGCUAUCACAGACAAGGAUGCGCAUACUUCACGGAGUCUGCUUGCCACUGACUUGAAGAAGAUGGUGAAGUUACUGAAUGUCAUCUUGUCUAAAUGCCAGGAUAACCCUUGGAACAUACGGAGCAUUGGGACACAACUUGAGGCUAAUCCUCUUGGGAAAUGGAAUGAAAUCGGGAAUCGGAUCGACGGUAUGAUUAUUGAUGAUACCAAAAAAUACGGCAAACGUGAUCCUCCUGUACAACUUGAGGAUGCCAGUUUAGCCAAUGCUGCCAUUCGACACUGCUUCUUGUACUGCCUGGCUUUUCCAGUGACAUCAGAAAAUGGCAAUGAGACAUCAGAAACUGGCAAUGAGACAUCAGAAAUCAUGCAGGAUUCAGGUGGAAUCCCCACAAGGAAGCUUAUUCGGCUAUGGACAGCAGAAGGCUAUGUGCAGGACAGCGAGAACCAAGAGCAGGCAGAGUGUCUGCUAGAGGAGCUCAUCAAGAAGAAUCUGCUCGUGGUGAAGAAGAAAGAUUUCGAUGGGAAGGUCCUAAAAUGCAGUGUUAAUGAGCAUGUCCGGCCCCUGGCUGAAAGAAUGUGCGAGCAGCAGAAGUUCUGCAAAGUUGUGAUCGAUGAUGGCGGUGAUGAGGAAUCCUCAACCAGCAGGGUGGCAAAGUGCUUUCCGAUAUCUCCCAACAUCCGUAUCCGUGAGAAGAAGAAACCACUGUCGGACCGCUAUCGAAUGCUUGCCGUUCAUGGUGAUCGAGGUGUUACAUCAGAGACACUGGGUAAAGACAUUCGACUUCGCUCCCUGCUGCAUUUCAAAACUGGGAGGGUAGAGCAUUCUGACAAUAUUGACUUGUCGUUUCGCCGCACAAACAUGCUUUUACGGACACUGGACCUUGAGGGAGCCCGUCUGGCCUACCUACCGUCCAGCAUCGACAGCCUUGUCUGCCUGCGUUACCUAGGUCUGCGGAAUACACAACUGGAGGAUCUACCUCAAACCUUGCCAAGGCACUUGCUGUGCCUUGACAUCAGGGACACUCACGUAGCAGAGUUGGCUGAUGUGUCUCAGUUCAGUGAAAUGAGGCAUCUCUAUCUUACAAAGUCAUUUCGCAGUCAUUCCGUGGUUAUCAGAGAAGGCCUGCAGUCAUUGACUCAUCUGCAAACGCUAUCUGGUGCUGCAUACAGAGAGUCUUCCGGGCGUCAAUAUUCAAGGAUUGUACCUUUCGAGCAAGAAUUAUCACACCUAAGGCGCCUCAGGAAGUUAUCGAUGAAGAAGACGUCGAGUGCCUCCUCCAAGAAUAUCUGUGACGCAAUCAAUGGAAUGGAUUUUCUGAAUUCGCUUGCUAUUUCAUGCGAGAAGGAUGGGCGGAAGUUUGAUCUAAGUCAUCUGAAGAUCGGAAAGAAUCUUCGCAAGCUGAAGCUGGGAGGACCUUUGGGUAAAUUCCCUGUUCUACAACCCUUGCUUCAAUCCAUCACCUUCCUGUAUCUCUGGGACAACGAGCUGGACAUGAAUCUCUUGGAUGCUCUGAAAGGCCUUAAAAACCUCCUCGUGCUCGUGUUGCUCAAUGCUUCUACGAGCGACAAGAUGGUUUGUGACAAUGGCUACGAGAAGCUCAAGAAGCUGUGCAUCAUGUCAAUGGAAAACCUCAGUGAGUGCAAGUUUGGUCAAAAUGCCAUGGGGAACCUGGAGGAGCUGGUAUUUGCUUCAUGUGACAAGCUAAAAAGGCCGCCACCUGAGCUUGAACACCUUGGCUCUCUUCGGGAGGUCCUUUUGAGUAAAAUGCCUUCCGAGUUCUGCGAGGACGCAAUAAUAAAGAAAGUAGAGGAUAAAGUGCAUGUUCUUCCAGAACUUUCAUACGACGUUUCAAAAAUCCCCUCUCACAUGAUUAGGGGAGCUGCUACAGAAGGAGACAGCUAAACGCCUGCCGGCGCCUCAGCAACCCGGUCAAUCCAUGCAACGCAGGCUUCAGCUUCAGCAAUCCCCUGCAUCAUAUGUUCAAGGUCUGCUGCCGUCGUCGAUUUGGUCUUCCAUACAUCACCCCUCCGCCUCCCCUAAAUUUUUUGGUGUCCAAAUAAAGCUGCUUGUCUAAACUUAUGAACCUGAUGUCAAUUUGUGUUCCUCUCUAAGCUACCCCAAUGUUGUUGGUCCGAAUAAUUUUUGAAUUAUUGUCAGACGUCAAUGGUGUGUUAUUGUUAAGCUAAUGUUUGUGUCCUGCUGUGUUUGUGAAACUCUGUUGUUAAUAAUGUUCAUUGAAUUUGAGGAUUUUUUUAGAGGAAUUUGAGGAUUAUUGGCACC